AUGGCUCGUGUCACUAAUCUGUGUGUUUUGGCCAUAAAAUUCAGCGUUGCCUCAGCGCUGUCCUUCUUGAAGCUACAGGGCCCGCCCUCUCUUCCGCUGGAUGCCUCUCACCGUUUACAUCCAUCGCUCGCAAGCUUCAGCAUCGAAACAGCCUUCUUCGAAGAGUUCUUCGGAAAUCUAUCAGCUCCCAACCAACUCUCGUUGGACCUCCUCGAGAAUCUGCACGCUCGCACUGGCGUGCCUGCUGAAGUUCGGAUCGGAGGAAUAACGGCGGACUCUACCUACUGGAGGCCUAACCAGACGGUGUCGUUGGUCAAUUUCAUCGAUAAUGCCGGUGCUCUGCACAAUACGACGGUUGGGCCCGAGUUUUGGAAGUCGGUGACCUUGCUGCCGAAAGGCACGAAAAUCAUGAUGAAUUUGAAUCUGCAAGACCUUGACUAUCAUGGCACCUUGGCUAUGGCGGGAGCAACCUUUGAGAGUCUUUCCCCCGAGCAGUUCGACGGUUUUGAAAUCGGCAACGAACCUGACCACUACCUCUCCUUCACCCCACAAAAUUAUUCGGCUGUCUGGAAGACCUGGGCAGAGAACAUCACAGCUACCUUGAACCUGAAAACCCCCCAGUUCCAGGUUGGAGCUACUGUGGAAGACCCUUUAUGGCCGUACAACACGCCUGCAGCCAACCGCCAGCUCAGUUGCGUCAGCGCACUUGCCGCAGGGGCGAACAGUGGUGGCGUUGUCAAGUCCUGUAGCGAACACACGUAUCAGUAUAGUGUCUGUGAUCCACCUCGAAUCGCAGUUGCCACACUGCCCAACUUGGUUAAUCACACACGUCUUGCGCGGUUCCUCGACCUUUGGCAACCGCGGAUACGUACUGUGAGGGAGAUCUUGGGAGACGACAAAUUUGUUAUCGGCGAGUACAAUUCUGUCUCGUGCUCCGGCAAGGAUGGUGUCAGCAACACCUUCGGUCAAGCGCUGUGGCUUUUGGAUACCACGUUGUAUGGGGCUUCUCUCAACAUCUCCAGGAUGUAUCUUCAUCACGGCGGUCCUUUGGCUCUUCAGAGUCGCACUCAGCUUAAUCAUGGUGGUCUCAGCUUCUAUGAUAUGUGGUUCCCUGUUCAAAACCAAAAUGGACCCAUCCAAGUAUUUCCAGCUUAUUCCGCCUAUCUCUUUAUCACCGAGGCCCUAGGAUUCUCUCGCAACCUACGCAUUGCCAACCUGUACCCCGGCCGACAAGCAAAUGGGUCGAGCAUCACCACAGAGCUCGGAGACACCUCCACAGGACAGCUCGUCGCGUACGGCUUCUGGGACGAGGAUGCCCCGACCUCCCGCUCGUUCCCAACGAAGCUCGCUCUCCUGAACUUGGAAAUCUUCAAUCAAACAAACACGGGGACGAGGCCGAGUUCGCAGUUUGACAUUUCUGCGUUCAGACGGAAUGAGAAGCGACCUGUCAGGAUUCGAAGGCUGCAAGCACCCGGGGCUGAUGUAAAGGCAGGCAGCGUGACGACGUGGGCGGGACAGACGUUUUCCACUGGAAAAGCUGCAGGCAAGUUGAUUGAAGAAACACAAGCGGAAAGCACGAUUUCUCUACGGGCAUCGGAGGCAGCUCUUGUUUUCCUGUAA